CAGCAGGACGUAAAUUCCGUGUCUCGCUGACUCUUCGGUCUUUUCCCUCUCCCGUGUUGUUUGGGCGGCAGGCCUGCGCUCUGUGUCUGAAAGAUCUAACGCCGAAGUCCCAAAAUGAUCAUCUACAGGUGCUUGAUCUCCAACGAUGAGAUGUUCUCGGACAGCUUCAAAGUCAAGGAAUCAGAGAAUGGUAUCUUCUAUGAAGUUGAAGGAAAGCUGGUCACCAGGGCAGAGGGCUUUGAUGACGCUCUGAUCGGUGCCAACGCGUCUGCUGAAGAAGCUGCCGAGGGCUCUGACGUGAGCUCUGUCUCUGGAGUCGACAUCAUCCUCAACCACACGCUGCACCAGACAGGUUUCACCAAGAAGCAGUAUUUAAGCUACUUCAAGGAAUACGUUAAAGUCAUUAAGGCCAACCUGGAAAAGAACAAUCCAGAGAGAGUGGCGACCUUCGUGGAUGAAAUCCAAAAAGAAGCAAAGAAGAUUGUGGGCAACAUCGACAACUACCAGUUUUACAUGGGAGAGAACAUGAACCCAGAGGGCAUGGUGGCGCUGCUGGACUACCGCGAGGACGGAAUUACACCAUUCAUGCUUUUCUUCAAAGAUGGUCUCUUGGUUGAGAAAUGCUAAAUACCUGGAACAACAUCUGCUUUUCAAUUGGCUGCUUCAUUCCAAAUGGCCCCAAGAAUGGACUGAAAGAUCACUAUUUUGCAUCAUGCCUGGGGAAAAAAACACUUUUACAAUUUCUUAUGGUCACCAUGCCUCAGGCUGUGUGAUUCAAACACGAUUGGUCACUGAAUACUGUUUUUAACUUUUUUCUUUUUUGACUUUGACUUUUGCUGUGUUUUGAUUUUCAUCCCAGGAUUGGUCCAGUUUUGUGAUUGAAAAGGCAGGAUAGCAAGUGGACCUGUGAAUGGAAAAGAACAUGUCUUUCUCAAUCUUGUUUUAGCCAAGCUCUACACCGUGACCUCCUAAGACCUGAUUAUGGUUGCAUUGCAUACGAUUCCAUCUUUCAUGAAAAUACGUCUGGUUUAAUUUUGAAAAUAAAGUCUACUACCCCGCU